AUGCAAUCUCAACCACCGCCUGGUUUUGUUCUUCCUAACAUGUCAUUUUUUGACCACUGUUGGACUGGAUUUUGGCGUUCCUCAGAAAAAGUUGUGAAAAAUAGAUAUAUCGCCAAAUGCUUUUACUGUAAAUGUGACUUAUGUGGCAGAUCUGAUAAGCUCCAUAACCAUGUUCUCACAUAUGGUAACUGGCCUAACUCUUACAGUGCAAAUGACUCCACCGAUAGCCCCUCUUCGCCUACACUAAAAUGUCAAGAUAACCUAACAAAUUGGAUUGUCAAGCCAAUCUCACAAGACAAACAAGCCAAAAUUGAUAAAAAACUACUUGAUGCUGUUAUUUAUGGCAAUCUUUCUUUUAGAAUAGUUAAAAAUCCCUACUUUCAUGAGUUUCUCAAAGAACUUGCUUCAAAUUAUUGCCCACCAUCUGCUGAAACAUUAAGCACUAAAAUUCUUAAUAAUUCAUUUUCAACUUACUUGCCUAAGAAGUUUAAAGUUAUGUCGUCUCUUACUGACAUUACUGUUGCUUUAGAUGGUUGGCAGAAUGUGUCCCGAAAUUUGAUCUAUGGUUUUAUAGCUCUAAAAGAAGAACAGGAGCAUGUUUUAGAAAUUAUUAACCUAUCAGCAAAUCGGCAUAUCGCGGUUUUCCUUAAAGAGAAACUCAGAGCAAUACUUAAAUUAAAUUCAGUUCUCAUUAAAUCUGUUAUUGCAUGUGUGACCGAUAAUCCUGUGGUUAUGGUUAAAAUGAGAAAUGAUCUCAAGGAAAAAUACCCAAAUAUUAUUCCGACCACUGUUGCCUUCAUUCCUUUAACUUACUUGUGA